AUGGACCCGGUCUCGGCUACUGGCAUCGGGUUGAGUGUUGUUUCGCUCGCUUUGCAGGUCUUCUCGGGCUGGUAUCAGAUCUUCACGGAGGUUGCUGAUCUGCCCGCAAAUUACCAGCAUCUACGGACCAGACUGAGAAUCGAGCAGAGCCGACAUCUUAAUUGGGGAGAACAGAUUGGCCUCCUGGAAGAUUCACUUCAGUUGCCUAGCCAGGUGCUCCGCCUGCACCGCAACUUGGUGCUUGAUGUCCUCCUCGAAGUGAGCCAGGCUUUUGCAUCUGCCUUGCGCAUUGCCGGCAAGUACGAGGAUCUCGGUGUCCCUGAUCUGCAGAUUUCGAAAGGUUCCUCGCCGAAGCAGACCAGGUUUCUCGAGCGAGCCAAGAGUCUCUGGCGAGCUAGUGGCCAGGCGGCGUCGCAACUCCAAUGGGCCAUGAUCAAGCAUGAGGACUUUGAGGCGUUGAUCGUGCGCCUGGUCGGCUACAAUGAUGCCAUGGAGUCGAUCCUCGACAGAUCCGCCCUCGAAGACCUGCGCAUCAUGCAAGAAAGGUCGAAUUUAUUGCUGCUACAGCUGACCGAGGAGAUAUCACAUCUUCAUACUCUGACCGAAGCACUUGACAUCAAACCACCUCCCGCAACAGCUGUAACGAACGUCACCUUCCAAAGCUUGACCUUUGGGGGACCUGCCAGUUCAGCUGUACAGGUCAGCUCUUUGGCCGCAUUCAAAAUCCAGAACAUCAGUGCUCCUGCGAACUUCAAUGGGAGUGAUCUUUACAUCCAACACGGCCUCUCUGAUAUUGCUGACCCCGACCACGACAAAGAUCGGACAAUGACGGUGCUGGACGGCAAGCAAGUCUUCGUUGAGUGGCGUACGCUUGUGAAUGCGAAUAUUUCUAUCGAUGACAAGCACAUUCUCGAGACUCGACUGGCCAAGUUGGCGCUUUUGCUCAGCAGAGAAGACAAGCCCGUGGAGUUCCGCUCACCACGCUCCGCGGGCUACUGUAAGAGAGAGAUUGAGGACGGCAUUCAAUACGGCCUAGUCUACGAAGUACCUUCGCUCGGCAACGCCUGGGUCGGCAUAGACACGCUGAGAGACGCCUUCGCAUAUAGUCUACGGCCCACGCUCACAACACGCAUCCGUCUCGCCAACAGCAUGGUCGAGUCCCUCCUGUAUCUCCACGCGGUCAACUGGCUACACAAGGGUUUCCGAAGCGACAACAUCAUAUUCGCGUCCCCAGUAGCCGGAAGCAUCGGCAGCCACGAGGUCCUGGCAAGCCCUCUGAUUUCUGGCUUUGACUUCUCUCGCCCAGACACGUCAGAUGAGAUUACCGUCAAGAGCACAUCGCAGGCGCGUCACGACUACUACAAGCACCCGCAACUGCUGCACCACUCGACUGCUAGGUCUCAAAAGUCCCACGACAUCUACGCCCUGGGCAUCGUUCUCAUUGAGCUCGCGCUCUGGUCCCCGAUCGAGACCAUUAUGGCCACAAUCUUGGGGAAGCCAUUGACGACAUCACGAAUUCCUCAUAUUCGGGAGCGCCUCCUGAUCGCACCGUACGGCGACUUCGCCGACGCGCUCGCAGCGGUCGCAGCACAAGCGGGCGAAGUGUAUGCCAGCGUCGCCAGACGGUGUAUCGAAGGCGGUCCAUCUCUCGGCAUCGACACCAACGCAAACCAGGCAGACCCGGUCGUCGCUGCCACCCUUCAACGUGUCUUCUAUGACGACGUAUACUUGCAGUUGAAGUCGAUACGCGUCUAG